AUGGUAAAACCUCUAAGAUAUAACAACAACUCGAUGAUUCGUUCGUAUGGUGGUGGUGGAGGUCCUUCUGCAGAACAAUCGAACAAGCCUUAUUCUUCUCUCUAUUGUGAAGAUGAGAGCCUAUUCAAAGUUGAUACGAAACUCUACACUAAAGAGGAGUUGGAGGAGCAGCAGCAAACAGCCUCAUCGCAUGAAUCUCCAUUCUUCUCUAUGGGACAAUCAUUCGAAUCAGCAUUAUCAUUAGCUAGAGAAGAACAAGAUGAUUCAUUUGCAUUCAUAGAGUUUGGAAAGGAGUCAUCAUCAUCAUCAACUGAUCCAUAUCAUAUUUCACCUCGUAAGAUUGAAAGAAAUGUUGCACCACCAAAGGGUCACUUUGUCAGAAGAACUAUCAAAAAGAAGAAUCAUUGUGACGAUAAAGGAGAGGAGAAGGCUUUGAAUUUCAACUUUAACUUUCAGACAAAGAGGCUUGACGAAUCCAAGAGAAAUGCUCUCAAGGCUUUUUAUAACAAUGUGAAGAGAAUAGAGUCAAAUCUCAAACAACCUUUGCAUGUCUACCUGAAGGAAAAUGAAGAAAAGGGAUUUAUUGGCAAGUUUUCCAAUGCUACCAAUUCAUUCAAAACAAUGAAUCAAUCUGAUCAGCAAUAUGAUGCAAUGGAUGACCAUCCUGAUUUCCAAUCUUUGAGAAUGAUGGAAAGAGACUAUAAUCCUGUAGGUCGUCGUUUUAGAGGUGGUGGAGGUUUUGGAAGGAGAAGAAUGAUAAAUAUGAGAAGACUGGAAGAAGAAGAAGAAUAUAGUAGAUAUGUUAUGAAAAUGGAAGAAGAAGAAAUGGUAAGGAGAAUGGAAGUCAUGGAAAAUUAUCCAGGAAUGGGAAGAUUUACCAACCCAUGUUUUUCUCAACCAACACAACCAACAUUCAGCAUUUCGCCUACAUCACCAGACUCUCCACAUUCAAUCAAUCUAAUGGAUGAAGAUAGCCCACCUCUCGAUAUGUCCACAAGUGACGAACAAACAAGGGACUUUUUCGCUCAGCUCUAA